AAGAUGUUGAAGUUACUCUCAAUAAUUAUUUUCGCAGCUUCUCAGUAGGCUAUUCUUUGUUUCCACGGUCAGAGAAAGACAUUUUCCGUGUUUUACACCACAUUGAUUGGAGGAAACAGGAAUUGCAGUACAGUACCAUAGUAAGUGAAAACUUGUUCGUUUUGAAACCAAACAAUAAAUUCAAAGUGCAGUUAGGCCUAAGAAAUGACAUUAAUUCUUGAGAAACUUGAGCUAUUUAUGGAUUGUUACGAAGGAAAAUUAGUGCUGAGAUCGCCUAGUAGCAGGGCUGUAGUAGAGCCUGAUCUUUGAGUGUCAAUAGCAUGUGUCUAUUCCCUUAACAUGCAUUUGGUCGCUAGCUAUCGACACCUUUAAAUUAGGAGCAGGAACCAACUGUUUUGAAACCCUGUUUGGUUAGAGCUGUCCAACGAAGCCACAGUCGCUUUCUAUGUUGACCUUUUGUAAGAACAAACAGCUUGAACGUUUCUGUGAUUUUCGGGAAACUAAUAGGUCGAUUACAUGUGAAGUAGCCUGCGUGAAAGGCGUUCGAAGGGGAAGGGGAAGGGAAUUAGGGCGCGAGACCACGCGCGAGGGAGGAGGGACGAGGGGAACGCGCCCUCGCGCGCCCAAAUUCCCCCUUCCCCUUUUAACGCCUGCCAUGCAGGCUACACUGAAGGGGUUUUUAAAUAACACAAAAUAUCAUUAUCAUUAUGGUUCUCCAUCGCUCCAUUGUUUGAGGGACUCUUUGUCCUGGGUUUUGAAGAGCUUUUUCACAAUGAUCUUUAUCGGGAAAGCUAAUCUGCGCGCUAUUCGCUGUCUAUUUAUUGAGAGUCUGGUUGAAAUUCAUCAGGAUACACUAGACUGAUUUGGAACAUUUUCGGCUAUCUGUCUGCUUUGACAAAAAGUGAGUAGUAAAUAAAACAGUAUGGAAUAAUUAAAACUGCAAAUGAACGAAGCCUAACUGGAUAAGGGAAAUGCUGUGUAUGUUUUCACGAAAAAAAAAAAAAAACAAACAAAAAACGCUGAGAAAUUAAGAACUAAGAUAGAUGACAAGACUAGACUAAGAUAGAUGACAAUUUAUCGAAAUCCUUGAAAACCUGUGGUCAUAUUUACUCAGCGGCCAGUUUAACGUAAGACCAACGUCAUUUCUUUAUUAUUGCUUUUUUCCUCUUGCUCUUGUCGACAAUUUCAAAUAAUCCCACUUUGUGAAUGCAUUGUUUGUUUUUUUUAUUCGUGGAAUUGUGCGCGAGAAGGUAAAUACUCAUUAUAAAUGCUAAAUGCACGAACUGAGUUUCAUUAAAGAAUGGCAUCUUGAAACCGUUUUUUGUACUACAUUGAUCUGUAAAAAUAAGUUAAAUUCAUGUUGCUAGACGGAUCGCACGUUAUUGUUCGUAAAUUUUAUUGGUUGAGAAAGACAAGAUAGCUUUUUAACGUUUGGUUCAUGUGUCGGGAGUCGGUUCAGAAUCGUUACGAAGAUUUGUUCCUCAAAACGUCUUUCUAACAACAAAAAAGGCGCCUAUUCUGGCCCAUUUGGAAUAGCUGCUGUCUUCUCGAAUCGUGCAACAAUAGAAAUAGCUGCUGGUGCUAGUAACAUUUGACUGUCCUCGUUACAGCGAGUUUGUUAUGUUUUCUGGUAGGUUAGAUGAGCAAGCAUGCCUAUCAACAACAACACAACUUCCUACCAAGGCGUCGUGUCUCCACAAUUUUACUUAUCGAGCAUGCCUCCUCCAUCAGCAGGAAACAUAGCUUGGAGUGUCUGCCUUGCGAUCGUUGGGCUGCUAACGAUUGUUUUCAACUCUCUCACAAUCACAGCCUUCUCCCAACCAAGACUCAGAAGGCCUCCACACUAUUUGCUAAUCUCGCUGGCGUGUGCCGAUAUCAUGGUGGGAUCCAUGUCGAUACCAAUUUAUAUCACUAUAAUGCUCAAUGCUGUCAGAAUAACUCUGAAAAGAAGGGGCGUGUUCUGGUUCUUUGAUUUUCUGCCAGGACUGGCCUCUAUAUUUACUCUGGGGGCAGUAUCACUUGAGAGGCUGUUUGCAAUAGGCUGGCCCAUUCUUCACAGGGUCACUUCAUUGAAGAUGUACUUUGCAUUUAUCGCAAUACCAUGGAUUUUAGCGUUAAUGGUCGCCUCUUUGCCGCUAUUCGAUAUGUACAGGUUGUUACCUCAGGGUCUAAUGUUUACCGUUGUCACUACAUCGUACUGUUCUCCAGUUGUUCUCACUAUUAUAACUUAUAUCAUACUGUGGCUUAAAGUGAGAUUGGAAAGAAGCAGCGAUAUCUCUGGAGCCGACAGAACUGUGAGAGAAAAAGACAAACGCUUAGCGAUCACACUCGUCAUAGCCACCGUGAUUUUCGUGUUUACAGGGCUGCCUUAUCCAAUCAUGUUAAGCAUUGUUAAUCUUUGUCGUCCGUGCCUGUUCACGAGAUUUCAACUACUCUCUUAUCUCUCCUCAGUGAGCAAGUUUUUGCAUUUGAGCAAUUCUUUUCUCAAUUUUGUAGUGUAUAUUUUAAGGAUAGCUGAAUUUCGUGCAGCCAUUACUAGACUAGUCUGUCGCAGGAAUUUCUCUACAAGAGUAGAUGUGGCUUCGUCCCAUCAUCGGAUAUCCAAGAUAAAAUCAUCUGAGAACACUCUUGUUGGCCAGGUCAGCCAUAACUGA